AUGGAUGUCAAUCCCGUCGGCGGCACCGUCGGCGCUGGUCUCCCCGGCUUCCUUCUCGUGCUCCCUCCGGACGUACUUCUCGUGAUCGGAGAGGGCCACGUUGAAAUCGAAGGCCUCGUUCCGCUCGGCGAAGCCCAGCCCGAUGAAGGCGUGCUUCCCCGCGCCGUCCUCGAUCUUGAGCACGAAGUAGCGCGACGAGUCCAGCACCGGCUCCACCGACGUCUCCCGCUGCCCCGGCGGGACGAAGCAGGCGGCGAACAGAUCCCCCGAGUUCGGAUCCUCCAGCCGGAUCUCGCACCGGUCCUUGCACGAAACGACCCGGAGCCGGCCCGACCAGAUCUUGUCCGACUGCAGCCACUCGCCGCACUUGUAACCCCCGGAGGUGGAGCGCGGAGGGAUUUUGGUGUGCUCGAACGAGUCUUCGUCCUCCUCGAACGACAUUUUCUCUCGGUCAAGCUUUUCUUAUCUUCUCUCUACCGCGCGCACGCAAACACAGAAAUGGAGCAGGGAGAAAAGGCCGGAUUUGAAGGAUUCGUCUCUUUGUGCUCUAUCCUCGCCGAGCGAGAGAUGGCGAAUCGCUGA